GUAUUUUCAGGACGAUAGCAUUAAGUGAUCUUUUGUCGCGUACCCUUGUACAGUUGACUUUUAAACGGGAAUGGUUUCGGACGUUGUUGAUUGCCACGCUUAAUGGACUGCUGUAUCGAUUUGAGGAAUAUAUAAGUGUAUUUUGAAGUAUUUGUUGGUUUUAGAUUUUGAAUGUGAAAAGUGACUUUUCCAGUGAUAAGUUCUUCUUUGAAUGAAUCAGUUGAAAUUUGGGAAUUUAGUGGUGACUUGGAACAAAAUGAUAUAUUCAGAGAAUUCAAACAUCUUCCUAGAAGUGCUAAUCUUAGUGGAUCUUUAAGACCUAUAGUUUAAAUUUACCACCUAAAAAUAUCUGCUUUGAAAAAUGUAUUCGUAUUAAAACAAAAGGUGUUUUGGAUGAACAGCUAUUUUGAUUCGACAAGUUCUUCCUGUUGAGAUAAGUCAACAAAGCUAGGGUUAUCAGCAGAAACCGUAUAUACAAUCAACGUUUGCGUUGAAUCAAGAUGAUUCAAAAUCCAUCGAAGUACCACGCGAAUCCGCUCUCCCAUUUCCUCUCGCUUCACAGUUCGGCCAACAAUCAUCUUCACCACGCAUCAUCGCAUCCCAACCAGCCAAUCACCCAUCAUCAACUCACAACUUCGGAUGUGACGACAUCCUUAGAUGUGGGAAAAUCUUUCACCAUAGCUGCCAUCCUUGGCCUCCACAAAAACGCCAUCGAGCAUAGAGAGAAAGAGCUGAAUAAUGUGAUGAACUUAUCAUUAAACAGUCACCACAAUCAUAACCAAGCACUUCACCAUAAUCAGAAAGGAUCAACGCUGGUGUCGAGCAAUAGUAGUAGUAACCAUAGUGCACUUAGUGUAAAUAAUUUCGAUUGUGAUAAUUUAAGUGCGGCUAGUGUUGUACAGCGAUACUUACCGGCGGCAGCUGCUGCAGCUGUGAAUGGCGUACCGUGUGCCAAUCAAAGCCCGUUCCGGUUGAAUCAUUUCGGGCAUCAUAUCGCGGGCGGUAAUGGAAAUGGUGGACAAUCGGCUUUGCAGAGUUUGCAACAGUUGCACCAACAUCAUGCCCAGCAAGUUAGUUUAGGAUUCCAAAGUCGAGAGAAAUCGAAAUCAGAUCACAUAUCGAGUAAAAAAUCAACCCUUAAGAGUAAGCGUGUCAGAACCAUCUUCACUCCCGAACAGCUAGAACGUCUUGAAGCAGAAUUUGAGCGGCAACAAUAUAUGGUAGGACCAGAGCGUCUCUACCUGGCACACACCCUCCAACUUACCGAAGCGCAGGUUAAGGUGUGGUUUCAAAAUCGUCGCAUCAAAUGGCGGAAACAUCACUUAGAAAUAACACAACAGCGUCUAGCCAUGAUACGACAAAGACAAAUCCCAGCAACGGAAGAAGCAAACAACACAAACUGCCCCACGAAUAGUUUGGAGAAUCCUCUCGCCACUCACCUGCAUCGAUCAGAAUCGGACCUAUCCAUUUGCAAUGACUCCUUAGACACGGAAAGUAUUCAUGAUGGAGAAGAUGGUUAAAAUAUGUAUCAACGUUAAAAUCUAGCAAGGAAAUUUCUCACUUGAAGAUUGCCUAGAUCUGAUUUUAUAGCUUGUAGAAUUUUUUAUCCUUAUCUAUAGUGCGUAGAAUGAACAGAAACAGGGUGUUCUUCAACAAAAAAUCGAUAAUGUGCUAUUAUAUUGUGUUUGAGGA